UGCAAUGACCGCAUCUGCUCAUACAAGUCAUUUGCGACUUGACUUCAACAUCGCGGACGACUAUCAGACUGAUCAGCCAGUUAAGCCUUAUGUUUCUAUCCAAGUAACUCGUCGGAAUUGGACUGGACAGGUUCAGAUUGACCCGGAAAAGAAUGAGAUUUCUGGCAGUAAUCCACAACGCCAAGACUAUCGAUUGGGACCUGACAAGCCUGCCAGUUUCAGGGGUUAUUUCGUCUCCCGCUUCUCGGAGCCAUUUGAAUCAUACGGUACUUCUCAUCGAGCCAACAUAUCUGAGGGGACCAAAAGCGCAUCGGGCGAAUUACUCGGCGCAUACGUGAGUUUUCAUCAGAAUACAAAGCGAGUUGAAGUACGGACCGCGGUAUCCUUCGUUAGCAUCGACCAAGCUCGGAGAAAUCUGGAAAUUGAGAAUCCUGAUAGUACUACUUUUGAAGAGACGGUCAACAAUGCGAAGACAGCUUGGUUAGAAAAAUUCGGCCGAGUAACAAUCGAAGGAAUCAGCUCGACGGAUAAAGAACAUGAUCCACGCACUAUCUGGUAUACAGGUCUGUUUCACGCUCUUCAGUACCCGAGCGACUUCUCCGAACCUACCAGCAGAGACCCUCAAUGUAGCCGUACUUUCUACAGCGGGUAUACGGAUAGCGUCCACGAAACAAAUGACUCGUACUAUCAAUCGUGGUCUAUCUGGGAUACCUUCAGAGCAGAGCACUCCCUCUUGACAAUAUUUGCUCCUGAGCGCGUAAACAAUAUGAUGCGAAGCCUACUUCAAAUAUUUGAUUGGAGCGGAAGACUGCCGAUGUGGGCGAAUAUGGUCGAAACUAAUAUUAUGAUCGCAACCAACGCCGAUGCCGUGUUGGCGAACGCAAUUUCUCGCGGAUUUUGUUCUUUUGAUUUGCAGAAAGCCUGGACCGCCGUGCGCAAGGAUGCCUAUGAACCUCCUGAGAAUGAUACGCAAUUACUAUACUAUGACCGUGAACCGGACACGCCAUAUGAGGCGCGGGCAGGGCUGACAAGUUAUAUGGACCACGGCUGGGUCGAUAAUGAUAGAUGGUCAGAAUCGGCCUCUCGAACACUAGACUACUCAUUUAACGAUGCCGCAUGCGCUGUCGUCGCGCGAGCAGUCGGCAAGGUAGACGAGGCCGUGGCCCUCGAGAAGCGAGCCAAGAAUUACGCGAAUAUCUGGGACGCAGAGACGCAGUUCAUGCGAGCGCGAAACGAGAACGGCGCGUGGGCACACGGAAGUUGGGGCUGGACCGAGGGCGACAAAUGGGUUUACACAUUUGACGUCAUGCACGACACAGACGGGCUAGCUAACUUAUUCGCGGGUGGUCGUCAGGGUAUGAAGGCGAAAUUAGACAAACAUUUUGAUGGGGGGCAUAAUAUGCAUAGCAACGAGCCGUCCCACCAUGUGCCGUACCUAUACUCGCUAAUUGGAUACGCGAGCGCGGCCGCUGAGCGCAUUCGAAGAAUCGCGUUGGAUAACUACAAUGCGACGAGUGCAGGACUAAGCGGGAAUGAGGACCUUGGCCAGAUGAGUGCAUGGUACGUCUUCUCGGCACUCGGCUUUUACCCCGUCAAUCCGGCUAGCGACGAAUACGUAGUCGGGUCGCCAUUCUUCGAGAAGGUUACCUUGAGAUUACCUGCCGGGGUGGCUACCGGGGGUGAGGCGAAUCGCAUUGGCGGCCAGGAGAGAACUCUAGUCAUCGAAGCUCCUGGCGCACCGACAAAACCGUACGUGAAAAGCUUGUGCGUGGAUGGCAGGUCGAUAGAUAGACCUGUACUUCGACAUAGCGAUAUUGUUGGCGCUAGCUUGAUAAGAUUUGAGAUGAGCAAGACCCCGACAGGAUGGGGUGAGGAUGGCGAGUUGUAGCUAUGUUGGGAAACGUAAGUAACGUAGGAUAUCAAGCUUGAUAUGUAUAAAAGUCGUUGCUACAAUGCAUGUAAAAAUUUCCGGGAUUCAAAGCUGCCACGUGAAAGGGAGAAAUCCAAAGAACGGUGGUUGAAAUAGGGGCAAGGAAUACGUACUGGUUGCAGGAUUGGCCCGCAAUUUUAAGGUUUGAUGCUACCCAGAGCUUAUUUAUUUAUAGAACAGUAGACGACAUGCUGUUCCUGGAGUAAGGGAUAAUACAAUUCAUCCAUGUAUUUGGGGGCGCUUAAUUCGAAUAUUUCAUAUCUGGGUACCUACCGAGGUGGAUGUACAUAGGUACUUUGGAACCUUUGAGCCGCCCCUUACACUGGCUACUGUGGUAUUUUGAUCUUGAGGGUAAGAAAUGUUACCAAGCAUCUAUCUAGUACCUACCUAGGACCUAGGUAUUCAAUCUAGCAUUGCAG